GGGAGGCAGUUCUUAUGUGUAAAGGCAAACCAUUCCAAAGCCUAGGGGCCGCUACUGCAAAAGCACCGUCCCCUACUGCUUUCGUCUCAACCUAGGGACAAUCAAAAAUAGGUCAACCUCCAUUCGUUCUUUUUUUUUUUUUUUUUCGUUGAAAUACGAAAUUUUAUUUCGGUUUUUUUCGUUUUAAUUCUUAAUCCCAGUUGUUGAGAAGCGUCGCGGAAGCGUUUACUAUUCAAAUGCAAGCCGAGAGAUGUAUGUUUUGUGACAGACAAGGGUUGGGGGCACACAUAGAGGGCCAAUCAGUUCUCAGUUUUCAUGCCCCCUCCCCCGUCUACGCCACUGGUUUACUAAUGUAACUCAUUUUAAUGCGCAGAUAGUGUGAGCUUUCUUAUCUGUAGAUGGAAGUUUUUUUCUUUUUUUUUCUUUUUUUUUUAAUGGAACGGUACCAAAAUGCAAUUUAAUCAAUGAAAUUAUCAUUAUCUGUUUUCUGUUUUCCCCCCUCCUGAUUUCACAACUGGGGCGGAAACGAUGACCCGUGCUUGAGUGAUAGUAGCAGACGCAGUCUGCUGUCUGCUUCAAUGACUCGGUUAUUUUGUUAAUUAUUAGACUGUUGGGUUUUGAUGCUGGCGUCAUGAUGGAUAAUAACAAAAAGGUCUGCAGCAGCACGUCUGGGCUGCAGCAUCAGCACAGAAGCUGUAAGUCAUAUUCAGAAUGGACUCCAAGCAAAUAAACGUAGAGCGGGGCUUCGUUAAUUGAUUGGAUCAUUGGAAGAUGGGCGUUGCCGUUGAGAGCUCCAUGAACCACGUGACCGCGUGGCGGCGAGAUCAAAGCUUGUCGUAACGGUUUCCUCAGAGCGCGAAUCCAGUGGAAUAGUCAGGUCAGUUUAACGUUGAAAGAGAGGAGACUAAUGCAAAAUCAGACCAGAUUUUUGUUGUAAAUCUUAACCGGUCGAUGGAAAAUAGCCUACCUUGUGUUAUCAGAGCAUGCAGUAAUGGCCAGCCAUGAUCUGCUGUAGUGCUGGACAGGAGGAUGACAGAGAAAGGAAACCAUGGAGAAAUACCUUUCCAAAUAUGUCCCAUUCUUCACUCUGCUGGCUCUUUCAGGGCUCUUAUUCCUGCUGUGGAAUAUCACCUCAUUGGAAAGCUGGAACUGUCAGACAGUAUCUACCUUCUAUCAGCUUCAGAAAAGCAUCCAAUCAGUAUUGAAGACCUCUGAAUUUUUACCACCGGUGGAGUUUAACAACUCCUUCUGUGCCCACCUCGGCCAGGAGCCCACUGCAGAUGAAGCCAUGGAGGAGAACUAUCUUCUCAAAUCCAUUGCCUGGCCAGAGCCAUCGGUCCUAGGACUGCCAUUACGUCAAAGUAGCGAUCCUGCACAGAGCUAUUAUACAAUCCAAGACCCUGGAGAUCUGCAGGUGGGUGGGCAGCUUGUGGUGAAGGUACAGAUGCAUAACUUUUUGGAUCAGCCCAAACAAUAUGGAGGAGACUUCCUAGUUGCGCGACUUCACACACCAGAACUGGCAGCAGGUGUGGUUGGCCAGGUACACGACCACAACAAAGGAAACUACACUGUAUUUUUUCCUCUGCUUUGGGCAGGUGUUGCCCAGGUGGAACUGACAAUGAUUCACUCCAGCGAAGCUGUGAUGGUCCUCAGGCGAUUGAGAGAGGAACAGUCGGACCGAGUGUUCUUCAAGAGCCUCUUCCGCUCAGGGUACCUUUCUGAAACCACUUUGUGUAACUUGUGUCUGCCGCACAAACAGCAGCCACUUUGCAACUACACAGACCCCCAGACCGGAGAACCCUGGUUCUGUUAUAAGCCCAAGAUGUUAGACUGUGAUACACGGAUUAACCACUCAAAAGGAGGGUAUAAGAAACACCUUCUCACUGUUUAUGAGACACAGUUCUUCCAAAGUGGAGUAAAUAUAAAAAUUCCAAUACAUUCUGCAGGGAUGGACAAUGUGACUGUUCAGCCUGCUAAAGUACGAACCAAAGGGAUGCACCUUGAAUCCACUCCUUCAGGGUACUACUACCAGGGAUCAUGGAGGCCAUUGAGUGGACUCGUCAUGCGUCAGUUUAAUGCCUCUUCAGUCAUAACACAGUGUCUUCAAGGGAAAAUGGUGUACAUGUAUGGAGACUCCACUGUGCGACAGUGGUACGAGUAUCUCAUUUCCCAUGUUCCAGAGUUUAAGGAAUUCAACUUUCAUAGCCCGAAGAAUGUUGGCCCGUACAUGGCAGUGGACAGCAACCACAACAUACUGUUGAGAUACCGUUGCCACGGGCCGCCGAUCCGCUUCACAUCGGUGUCCUCGGCUGAGAUGCACUAUAUCUCAAAUGAGCUGGACGACUUACGAGGGGGCUCAGACACGGUGGUUGUGAUUAGCAUCUGGGGGCAUUUUAGCACUUUCCCAGUACAAGAGUACAUGCGGCGCCUGCGCCACAUCCGCAGAGCAGUGAUCCGACUGCUGAACCGAGAACCAGCGACCUUGGUAUUGAUCCGCACAGCCAACCUCCAGAAACUGGACCCAGAGUCCAGCUUGUUCAACAGCGACUGGUUCUCCCAACAGCUUGAUGCAGUGCUCCGAGCCAUGUUUAAGCAUCUGAACGUCCAUCUGGUGGAUGCCUGGGAGAUGACACUCGCCCACCAUCACCCUCAUCAGCUACACCCUCCACCUGACAUUAUAUCAAACAUGGUUAAUUUCAUUCUUUCGCACAUCUGCCCAGUGAAGAGAAAGAAAAAGCAGGGCUAAACUUCUCAACCAGUAUUUGUGGGUUAGGAACUGGAGAGACUUAAUGUUAAUCAUCCAUAACUUUGUCUUUGGGAUGAACCUUUUUGCUAUCUUUUUAGAGAUUAUUUGCUUGGGCUAUUUUUAUCUGUUUGGCCUUGCAAAGGUUUAUAAUGAUUUUGCUGGCAAAAUUAAAAUAGAAAAGCACCAUAAACAGUUUACUUUCAUGACAAAAUCCUGAGGUAUGCAGAAUCUUUUUUUUUUUUUUUUUUUUUUUUUUAAGCUAAAACAAGUUUAAUAUUUUCCUAAAGAGAAUUGAUAAUUCCCCCAUAAAACAUUUACAAUUAUAUAGCACUUAUAAUUACUGAUUUUAUAUUGGACUUAAUCUUAAAUGAUUUCAGUUUGGUGCUUUUUUUAUGCUCAUUGGAAACAAAUGGAUGAGGUUUUGUUCUUUUUAUAAUUAUUUAUGCUUGUUCUCCACUACACGUGGGUGAGUUAAUGAUUACAUUCAUUUUUUGGAUAAACUAUUCCUUUAGGGAAAAAAAAAGCUAUCAACCUCAAGCUUGCAAAUGUAAAUUAUUAUUGAAAAUUUUAAUUAACAUAUGUAUAAAGCAGUUUUUAAAAGAAAAAUAGAGAAUUUCAGAAUAAUAAUUACUAUUACAGAAGUUAUAUGAGAGCACUAUGAAGUAUGAGUGCAAGCACAACUGUUUCUGUGCUUUGGUAAAUGGGAAUGUGUUACCCGUUUAUUAUGUGUAUCUGUCCAGCUAACAUGUAGGUCAAGCGUGGUCAUGUGACAAAGGUAUAAAAGAGCAUGCAGGUCACUGUCCUUUUACAUAUAAGGGGUAUCCAGUGUUAUCCAGAGAUAUGGACCAUUUAGUCACUUAUUAAAUAUACAUUUGAUCAUUUUGUUCUAGUAUAAUCAUUGACUUAAGUAUUCAUUUUAUGUCUAUGUCUUUUAUUAGUUUUAAUAUAAUUUCUCCCAUUCUGAAUUUAGCUUUGGGAGAACUGAAAAUAUAUACAGAGGUUAAACUGUCUGUUCUAUUUUAAGUUUCCAAAUGCAAUGUAAAAAAUUUACUCUCCAAAAAUGGAUAUUCCGAAUUUUUUUUGGAAGAGUUGUUUACGAUCAGUUCAUGUGCCUUAAUUAACGCUACCUGUUUUUGAAUUGAUUUGUUCUAUUACAUUUUUAUGUGAUUUACAUCUAUAAAAUUGUGGUUCUGUACAAGGGUUUCCAUAGCAUUUUUAUUUAUUUUAUUUUUGCGCAGUGUUCAUGGCUCACCAAAAUAAAUUCACUCUUAAGCAUCCA